AUGUUGGCUGCAUCGGUAACUAAAAACUGUGGACGUAUUUUAACGUCAUUUCGACAUUUUAUUUCUUUGGCUACUGCUAGAGCUGGCGGAUACCCUGGUUUUCAGGAGCCCAAUGCUCCUGUCCCGGGUCGAAAUCCUGUCUGGUCGGAGACUGGGAGUGAAAUAUUCAAAGAUCUAAAAAGCGGUGACAAGAUAUUCGUCCAUGGAGCCACGGGCACGCCAAGUGUCCUUUUAUCAUAUCUGUAUCAUCACAUCAGAGAGAUUGAUAUAAAACACCUGAAUGUAUUGUGCCUUAUGCCUAUGGGUCCUCAGAGCUUGUUCAAUGAAGACGUACGUGAUAAGGUCAGACUUACUACUCCUCUGGCUAACAAGUAUUGUCGUGAGGCUGUAAAUGAUGGGAGGGCCGAUUUUAUCCCAAUUUCAGUGUCUGAAAUGCCUCUUCUUUACCGUCAAAAGCACGUUGAUUUAGAUUAUGCUCUUAUAUCGGUCACCCCACCUGAUAAGCAUGGAUUCUGUUCACUCGGUACUUUUGUUGGUACCACUCGAUCAGCAGUUCAAAAUGCCAAAAAGAUUGUUGCUCAAGUAAACCCGAUGCAACCCAUAACCUAUGGUGAUUCAACAAUCCACAUUAGCAAUAUUGAUUACUUGAUAAACGGGCCUCAGCAGCUAUUUGAGCAUAGCUGGAAAACUAUUUCUCCAGCAGAACAGAAAAUCGCUAAUAUUAUCGCUGAAAAUCUUGUUGAUAAUGGAGCUACUCUCCAACUGUCUCCAUCAAAUAUUUCCCAACAGCUUACUCUCCAGUUACGUGGACAUAAGGAUUUGGGCCUUCAUACCGAAUGCUUUGGUGACGGUGAAGUUGAUCUUGUCCAUCUUGGAAUCAUCAACAAUCUCUACAAAACGAUUCUCAGAGGUCGAAUUGUUGCUAGCUAUGUCAUUGGAUCAAAGAAGACCUUCAAUUUUAUCAAUGAGAAUCCUCUUGUCGCUCUCUACGACAUCGCCUGGGUUAAUUCGCCGGAGUUGAUUGCUCGAAAUCCAAAAGUUACGACUAUCAGUCAUGCUUUUGAGAUGGAUCUUUCUGGACAAAGCUCCUCAGAUGGAUAUGAUGGUCACAUUUUCACCGGUGUUGGUGGUGUAAUUGAUUAUCUACGCGGAGCCUCGAUCGCAUCUGAUGGUGAGGGCAAGCCAAUAAUCGCCAUGACUUCGUUGAAUGCCGAGGGGAAAUCGGCGAUUGUGCCCUUCCUCUCACGGGGCACCUCGGUGGUGGCCACUCGUGCUCAUAUCCACUACGUCGUCACCGAGUAUGGGAUCGCCUACCUCUUUGGCAAAAAUAUUCGCCAGCGUGCUCAUGCUCUCAUUCAAAUUGCACACCCGGACUAUAGGUGA